AUGAGGACAUCCGACGGGAGGCUACAGGACGGCAAAAUGACGGUAAGGCGUGGCGUGUCCCGGGCGAACUCGGGCCCUGCCCGGCUUGGCAGGCGGCCUGCUCAUUCGGCCGACGAGGCGAGUUUACGUGACAAUCAUGAAGUGUUUUGGAGCGACUUCAAGUUGCAGUCGUUGAACACAGCGGGUACAGUCUUGUCUAAAGGAAGGAAAUACCAAAACAAUUCUGACAAAAACAGUCGCAAACAGGUAUCCUACCCGUUGGAUGUGGCAUAA